AUGGCCGAAAUUCAGUCCCACCAACCGGGGCAGCACGGUUCUCAGCCGCGCUACCAGGUGGUCAAGGCCGCCACCGCUGCCACUGCCGGGGGCUCCCUGCUUGUCCUCUCCGGCCUGAUCCUCGCUGGGACUGUCAUUGCUCUAACCAUUGCAACGCCGUUGCUCGUCAUUUUCAGCCCGGUUCUUGUCCCGGCUGUGAUCACCGUGUCGCUUCUCGUUCUGGGCUUCUUGGCCUCCGGUGGGUUCGGGGUCGCUGGCAUUACGGUCUUUUCCUGGAUCUACAGGUACGUGACAGGAAAACACCCACCAGGAGCGGACCAAAUAGAUCUAGCCCGACACAAGCUGGCGACCAAAGCUCGAGAGAUGAAGGAUCGAGCCGAGCAAUUCGGACAGCAACAGACCUCUGGCCCGCAGACAUCUUAAGUACAGCGCGCCCUUGUACCUGAAACAAACAAACAUGUUCGCCAAUUUUAAUUUAAUGGCUCUGUGUUGUGUUCCCUCUUUGUUGUGUGUGCCCUUUUCGUGUCUCUGUUCUUUGUUCAUGUCAGUAUAAAGCUUUCAACUUCCUCCUAAACUCCCCCUCUUUUGA